AUGGGCGUCUCCGUCAAAUCUUGCCCCGAAGUGUGGCUAAGUUUGGGUGCGGUGACCUUUAGUUUGUGGUGUGGGCCAGGUUCCUCCGAUCCUGGUUACUGUAGCUGUUAAUGGAGCGCCCCGGAGUAGUUUAACAGGCCACCAAAUCCCGCUCGCGUUGGUUGAAGAUGUUCACAGGGUUGUGGCAGCUCCCUGUACACGGUCCAGCUGCAGCUGUGGGUGAAUCUACAACCUCUCUCACACGUCCUAAACCACUGGCAGCUGUUACCGACUGCACUCGGCCGAUUUCCUUGCUGUAAUUCAGAUGGCCAGGAGACAAAAGAAUCAAUGCACUGCUCACCAAUGCUGUGUCUUUUGACAAUUAACUACGUGACCAAUGAAUUCUGUCUCGCCUUCCUCCGUUCAGUACAUCCAGAGCCAGGAAGACUUGACUCCCUCAGAUACUAAGAGACGACUGCUCCCAGAAGCCAGUGAGCAAGAGAAUAGCUGGAAUGGCCGCUAUAAUUUGCCAGAGAAAUCCCAACAGAAUGAACCAGUUGAGGUGGACAAGAUUAAAGCUAAGCUGAUGACAGCAUGGAACAAUGUCAAAUAUGGCUGGGUGGUGAAGGGGAGAACAAAUUUCAGCAAAACUUCCCCUAUUUUUCUGCUGGGACGGUGCUACCAGUUUGAGUCAGAAGCUGAUUCACCACCAAGCCCAGACAGCAUUUGUGAGGCACGAGACAACCAAAAUGCUGCUUCUGCUGUGGUGGAAUUGUUUCGGAAGGACUUCGGCUCUCGAAUCUGGCUGACUUACCGCCGUGAAUUUCCACAGCUGGAGGGUUCUAUUUGGACCACGGAUUGUGGCUGGGGUUGCAUGUUACGCAGUGGACAGAUGCUGCUCGCCCAAGGACUUCUUGUCCAUCUUCUCUCUCGAAACUGGACCUGGCCUGAUGUGUUACUCUCUGUUGAGUCGGAAGCUGAAUCCAGAUCACCAUCUAAAUCCAACAUUACCAACUGGUCAGCCUUCUCUGAGGUCUUCAGCUCCCAGUUGGAUAGAAGUAGAAGCCUCUGGCAUGCCCAAGGAACCACUGUCACGCAAGCGCGUGCAGGGACAUUGAAACGGGUCAACCUUGACUCGUACAAAAUGGACAAAGAGGAGAUGGAGCAUCGGAAAAUCAUUUCCUGGUUUGGAGAUCACCCCAAGGCCCCGUUUGGAGUACACCAGCUUGUAGAAUAUGGAAAGAGCUCUGGGAAGAAGGCUGGAGACUGGUAUGGCCCAUCCAUUGUAGCACAUAUAAUCAAGAGAGCAGUGGAAAAAGCUGAAGACUCUGAAUCUCUUGGCAUUACUGUCUAUGUAUCGCAGGAUUGCACAGUGUACAAAGGAGAUGUGGUGAAUCUCUGUGAGACGCAGUUAGAGGGUGGAAAAGUUCCUGGUUUGGAUUGGAAGUCUGUUAUUAUCCUGGUGCCUGUUCGACUUGGAGGUGAAAAUCUCAACCCAGUGUACAUGCAGUGUGUGAAGGAGAUCCUGAAGCUUGAAUGUUGCAUUGGAAUCAUCGGUGGGAAACCCAAACACUCACUUUACUUCAUUGGAUUUCAAGAUGAUUUCCUGCUGUAUUUGGAUCCUCACUACUGCCAGCCAGUUGUGGAUGUAACUAAAUACAACUUCCUGCUGGAGUCAUUUCACUGCAUCUCUCCAAGGAAGCUGUCCUUCAGUAAGAUGGAUCCUAGCUGUACUAUUGGGUUUUAUGCAAAGACUAAGGAGGAUUUUGAAAAUUUGUGUCAAAAUGUCACAAAGGUGUUGGGCUCCUCGUCUUUGAAAGAGAAGUACCCUAUUUUCACCUUUGCAGAGGGCUGUGCUCAGGAUUACAGUCUGGAUGAACUUUGCACUCGUAAACCGGAAACAACUGUGCAAAUCUCCAAGUCUGAAAGAGCAGGGAAGUCAAAGCGGAACAGCACUGACGAGUUUGUUUUUCUCUAAUGAACAAUGAACUCUCAAUUAAAUAUCUGUGCCUGCUAUGUUUCAGCAGGGAACAAACUAGGAGCCUCUUGGAACGUUCCAAUAUUUAUGUUCUGGUGUCUUUCCAUAAUGAGGAGGACUCAUGGCAAUCAUUAACCUUUCUGGGUAGCUUUUACUCUGACACUGGUAUAACUCUUCCUGAGAAUGAUCUGGUUACCUUUUCCUUCCCCUUAUAUUGUUGCUGAAAUUGUGUAUGUCAGUUGUAGCUCUGCUUGAUGCAGACUUUUCAAGGCAUUGACGACUAUCGGGCUGGAGCUGAUAUUGAAACCAGUUAUGUAAUGCAUUGAUGCAGAUGUUGCUGAGGUGCCGACUUGCAUUUUAAGAGCUCACAGAUUGGUCAGUCCCCCUCAUUUACCCAAUCCUUAACAUAGUAUGAGCUUGAUUAAAGGGAGUAAGUUUCAUCAGGAAGGACAGAUGGGGGAAUGGUUGCAGAGUCUGAUACUAUCCACUGGUUUACUUGAAAUGCAUUUUGCUAGAAUUACAGUUGCGGCAGGGAAUCUUGCCUGUCUUUGCUUCCCUGGGUCCAGAACACCUGAGACCGAUUGUCUGGACCCAUUACUCCCCUUGGCUGAUUGCAAAAGAUGCAUCCUUUGCUGCAUUUGGCAUCCUUUCCGCAACUCUUUUCCCUGGGAGGUCAAGUCAGCUCAUGGAACUACCUCUUUGAUUUUUGGCUCCCUCCUGUGUACUGUGUGAGCCACAGUAAGUCAAUUCACAGUUCACGUGUAGGCACGUACCCUGUCACAACACAGCAGAUUGUCGCAUUGUAGCACUCCUUUGUCACCACUCUCUUAAAUUGCCCCACAACAUUCUGUUCCAACAUUAAAUUGGCAGUGUUGUGACCUGAAUAUUUUCAGUGAAUGUCAAACCACAUCUUUAUUUAGGGAAAAGGAUAGGCAAAAUAUUUAUCUCUUUAAGAAUGGGCUAUCGUUUAUCUAUUUUGAUUGGUAAUUCAUUUAUAAAAUAGUGCGAUAAGAGCCCUUCCAUGAACAAAGGAAAGAACAUCAGAUGGACUUCUAAAACCAGGAUUAGCUUCUUGCCAAACCCACACGUGCAGACAGCUGCCUUGCAGUGACAUUUUAAAAUUUGUAAUGCUACGUUCUUUCUUUAUUGUAAACAUUUUACUCUGGGUGAUAUUGGGAGUGAGACGCAUUUCAUCGGGUGUGGGUACAGAUUUUUCUUGAUGAGAUGAAAGCCUUUUCAAGGGAUGUGUUCUUUGCUGGAGCUUGGUUUGAAAUUGGGCUUGGCCAAUAACACAGAACUGCCCCAGAUUCAACACCAACUGGCAUUAAAAUCUCAUUAAAGCCACAGGAUGUUGGUAUGGACAGUGCAAAAGACCACUGUCAGAAGGGGUUUCUUCUCUGGUUCUUGUUCAAGAACAUCAUUGGAAUAGAGCAGAAAGAGGUUUCUAAUGCCAUGUGGCACUUGAACAACCCUAGAGCCUGUUAAUUUCACAUCACACUGACUCCAAGGGUUGAUCCACUCCCCGUUUAACCCAUUGUAUAAUCUGGAUUUUUAAUCCUGUUACUGCUGACUUGAACCGUGACUACUGAUCCUAAUGACUCUCGAAGUGUUGUCUUCAGUUAUUAAUUGAGCUAACAGGUAAGAGCUGUCUGAUUGCAUAACUAUUUAGUUUGUAUUAUUUAUUCUGUAUGUUCCAGUUUCUGUAUUUAAUAUAGUUACUUAUUAUUUCUGAAAUCAGCCUUUGAUCUGAAGCAUAGCUAUAUGCAUUUCCUUGUGUCUGCAGUGUACAUCUUCCCUCCCUCCCUUAUCACCUCCCCUCCCCCUCCCCACCCCCCAUAGUUAAAAUGUGAAAUGUUUGGAGUAACAUCUCCAGGAUCAAUUUACCAGGACUGAGGCACAAGCAGGCGAAUCUCAGUUGACGUCCAUGCAGUGGAGACGUUUGGCUUUCAUUGGGAUAUUCAGAAUCUUUGUGAAGAGCGCAGUGUAUUCUCCCCGCCACCAUACCUAAUGAACAGCCAAGCUUGAUACAUGGUCUUCAGUUGAGAGUUUAUAAUAAUGCCACUGUUUACCUGUAUGGGUUCAGUUCAUAAAAUUAGCUGAUUGCAACAUUGCAGUCUCUUACUGCUAAACUCAGGACCAAAUUAUCAAUGGGGUAGUAGUAGGCCAUCAUGAUGCCUGCAUGGUGAGCCUUUGUGUCAUGUUAACAAAUAAUUGUUUUAAGCUUGGGGAAGGUAGCUAUCUGCACAUUAUUUUAAACAUUGGUUCCACUAAAAGUACCAUAGAUUUUUCCUUGAACCUUAAUUUGAAGAAUAUUGGCCACAACAGAAAGAUUGAGUGUGGGUGGGGUUGAAUAGAAAUAGAUGUUUCCACGGUCUUUCUGUGAUACAGUUUGCACCUUUCAAUAUGGUGGAACCAUGGGCUUUCACAGCUUGGGUCACUGUGUAGUUCACUGACAGGUUCUCUGCAUGUUACUUCAGGGAGUGUAAAUUAUUAAUCAAAUUGCAGAACUGUCAGGAGGGUUAAGGGCUCGCAAUCAAGUGGCUAUCUCUCUUCCUAACUAACUCAAAUGUGCAGCCAUUGACCAUGUUGCUAAUGACUAUUAAUAUGCAGCCAUUUCAUUAGCCACAUACAGACAUGGGGAUUUUGUUUCACUGUUACCACGUGGUUAGCCUGUGAGAUGUGCAAAUGCUCCACACACAGUGAUGUCUGAGUACAAGGCAUGGUAGGCUGCAAUGGAUUACGCUGUGGUAUUAAUAUGGAACACUUCCACUCCAGUAACUAACUGGAUAUAAAAUAUUGCUGCAGCUUCUGUCUUGAUCAGGCUGAUUAUAUCUAAGAUAUUAUUUUUGCCUUGUCUAUCCUGUUGGCCAAUCAUUUUUCUUUUAGCUUCAUUUUCUGCCUCCCACAUCCUUCCUCUUGUGGGUUCCUCUUCCAGUACUUAAGUGGCUUCUAAUGACCCCCGUUACUAUUCAGAGAGCAGCAGAGUUCUCCUGCCCCCUUAGCCAAUAUUCCUCCUUCAACCAAAAAAAGAUUAAAUAUCUCAUUGUCACUUGUAUACAACAUGCUGCCAUAUUUACCCAUUAACUACAGUCAUUACACAAUAGAAUUCAUUGAACGAGAAAUGCUUAGUUUAGUGAGAGAUGCUGCUGGAUAAAUGCAGGUUAUUUUCCCUAAAUAUGCAGUUGAAAUGCUGCUUUGGAACAUCCCAGAGCAGAAGUGCAAUCCAGUAUUAGUUCCUCCCAAUGUAUUCUGAAUGCUCUGUCAACAAGCAUGUUUGGGCUGUGUGUAGGCACAUCUGGAGCCUAUUUUUGUAGUGGUAUCUUUUCCAUUGAGUGCAGCCUGAUUCUGAUAAACCGAUGCUGCCUCUCACCUGUCAUUGUAUGGUUUACUAUAUUUGGCUUUGAUUGCUGAUAGUGAUGCACUAUUCAAGAAACUGGAGUGAAAUUCUGCAAUGGUUAGGGCUGUAACUAUUGGCUGGGAGGGUUGGCUAACUUGAAGACUUCUGUGCAAGCCUCACUUCCUGUAGCCAGGUUGUAGAGGAGCAGAGCGACGGCUGCAAGGUGGCGUUCUUGUAGAAUUUUGUUUCUUUGGUCCCACCUACUUGUGUUGCAAGUUCUUCCCACCACCCCUCCUCCUCCAUUAAUGUUUAUUUGUGCUUACUUUUCUUGCCACCUCUCCUUUCCUCAAACCCUCACCUCAGAGGUUAACUCCUCGUGGGGUUAAUGUUUCUUCACUCUUUGCCUCUGCUGUCUCCGUGGACGGUGUGAAUUGUUGUUGGUGAGUGCUGGCAGAUUGUUUAACUGUGGAGAACAUUGGGAGCUACUCCUGCCCUUGCACUUCUGACAAGGCUUGCUGAGUAGCCACAGUAAUCUGGAACCAUCCUUCCCCCUCCCCAAAAUGUCCUGUACCAUUGUCCUAACGCAACUCUGUGCAGACCAGCCCAAAUAUUGCAACAACUACCUUCCUCGCUCAGCCUGUAUUCUUUAAGCCAUUUUGUUUAAUCCCUCUUAUGACUCUGUGAUUGAGUCAUGAUAUGAAAAUUGGAUCUUGUAUCCAGGGUUGGCUGAACAUAUUGCUGUUUCUCAUCCUAGUUACACACUUUGACAUUUUACAUAAAUCUAAUGCUGCUAGAUUUUGGAAAAAUCAUGUGCAUAAUUUCUUGCUCUAUUUAUAAACAUGCCUGAAUUUGAAAUGAUGAAUAUUACUGUGAGAUUAGAUGGAAAAUACAAUCCAUCUGCUUGAACCAGCAAAACAGCAUUUGCUUUGUCUGAGAGAAUAUUGAUUUUAUCACUGAUAUUCAAAUGAAAUUUGUAUGCUCACUGUUCAUUGUUGAAGCUACUGUGCAUGUACUACUGAAAAUUUCUCCAGCUGUGUUGUUUUAGGAAGGCCUGUGUAUCACUUGAUAGCAUCCAAAUGACCUUCCAGCUGCCUCAACAGCACUGUCAUUCACGGCACUGAUCCACAAAUGAUCAGGAAGGUCCCAGGAUCCAUCCUUGCUCUGCAUAGAGUUUUGCGGAUCUCAGCUGGGGUUGCUGAAAGCUUUGGGAGGAGAGAAAGUAACUGGUUUCCAUUCCUGAUUUGCCACCCUGUAACCCUGCUGGAACAUGUACAUAAAUAUGGGGUGAGAACCAGCCUCUUUCUCUCACGCAGGUGAGAUUAUUGACUGGCAGUAGAAUUGCAUCCCAGUGAAAUCCAGCAACAGAAGUGGUUUUAAAAAACCUGUUAACAUAGCCACCUGGCAUCUGGUGGUGGGUGCACACUCCUUCAUACUUAUUGUUCUGAUCUGUGUGCAGACAGUCCAGCUUUCUACUAGCAGAAUGAAUACAGGCCUUCCUAAAGCACACAGUGCUAUACUACAAUGCAGUACUAGUAAACCAAACAGUUUCCUUGUAUUUCAUGAAAGGUUCCUAGAUAACACUAGCAAGUUUUAAUCCUUUGAGAAUGUUUUAUUUGGCAGGGCAGUCUGGAGAGAACUUCCUCCUUCCCCUCCUGGGGUUUUGGACAUUUUGAGACAUGGUGGGAAAUUAGAUAAUGCAAUUUAAAUUGAAACAGGUCACGGGUCAAUUCUACAAACACCCUCCCCUUCGAGGGCACAGCUGUGCAGCUGAGAAUCUCUUCAGCUGACAUGAUGUUAAAGGGUAGGACAGAUUACCCUUUCCAUUUACAAAGGGUUUUCGCCUAAAUUUUAUGAGAUGUUGGAAUAAGACAUUCAUAUCAUGAGAGGACCUAUGCAGUGACCAAAACUGUGCAGAAAAGUAUAAAAGUCUCAGAUUCCAAUUCUCAGUCUGUGUUUACCACACAUCAAAGGAUUAAAGCAAAAGCAUUCUACCUUAUUUUGGUUUAGAAAUAAACUGAACUUAAAGCUGCUUGGCAGUUAUAAAUAAAUGGAAUCAUCCACAAUUGACAAUC